UUCAGAAUAACAUGGACGCCUCAUGUUUCCGAGUGAAGUCCUCUCUGGAUUGGUAGGGAGAAACGUGCAUGUGUUCGGUCGCUGAUCGUUUUUUUUCGUGUGUUCGGAUUUAUUAAGAAUCAGGACAUGUCUCUGGCAGCGUGGCUGUGCUGAGAGGUGUUGCUGGGUAAAGCGCAGUGCUAAAACUGCUUUUCACAUUUUCCCACUGUUCCUGUUCCUGCUGCUGCUUUUUUCCAACCGAGAAAGGCAGCGUUUGUCAACCAGGUGUUUGCUGUUUUCUUUUUUUUCUAUCCCCUUUCUUGAAACGGCGUUAUGUAAAGGACCUGAACCUUACAACAGAUCCUGAAAAGGAAAGGAUUAUAACGCGGUUGCAGUAUUUUUUUUCGGAAAUGCAAAAGAUUAUGCAGCAUAUAUCGGUCUUCCUGGCUUCUUGGUUAUGCGGACUGGCGUUCAGUGCCUCUUCCCCCACCAGCGUACAAAUCGGGGGGUUAUUCCCAAGAGGAGCAGAUCAGGAAUACAGUGCAUUUCGUUUAGGAAUUUUCCAGCAUAAUUCACACGAACUGAGGCUGACACCCCAUGUUGACAAUUUGGAAGUAGCAAACAGUUUCGCCAUAACCAACGCAUUCUGCUCCCAGUUUUCAAGAGGAGUUUACGCCAUUUUUGGAUUUUACGACAAGAAAUCUGUAAAUACGCUUACGUCAUUCUGUGGAACCCUGCACGUUUCUUUUAUCACCCCAAGCUUUCCUGCUGAUGGCUUACACCAAUUUGUCAUACAGAUGAGACCAGAUCUCAAGGGUGCUCUUAGUUUGAUUGAAUAUUACCAAUGGGAUAAGUUUGCUUAUCUAUAUGAUAGUGACCGAGGGUUGUCAGUGUUACAAGCAGUCCUGGACGCUGCUGCUGAAAACAAGUGGCAAGUCACAGCAAUCAAUGUGGGGAAUAUAAAAGAUGACAGGAAAGAUGAAGCCUACCGCUCACUUUUUCAGGACCUGGAAAAUAAAAAGGAAAGACAAGUGAUUCUUGACUGUGAACGUGACAAAGUCAAUGACAUAAUGGAGCAGGUCAUAACUAUCGGCAAACAUGUUAAAGGAUAUCAUUACAUCCUUGCUAAUCUGGGAUUUACAGAUGGAGACUUGUCAAAAAUUCAAUAUGGUGGAGCCAAUGUGUCUGGAUUUCAAAUUGUUGAUUAUGAUGAUCCAGUUGUAAUGAAGUUUAUGCAGCGAUGGUUAGCUUUGGAUGAGAAGGAAUACCCAGGAGGGAAAACAAGCAAAAUUAAGUAUACUUCUGCUCUGACCUAUGAUGCUGUUCAAGUGAUGACUGAAGCAUUUCGCUAUCUGCGCAAACAGCGGAUUGAUAUCUCUAGGCGAGGUAGCACUGGAGAUUGCCUUGCUAACCCUGCUGUUCCCUGGGGACAGGGGAUUGAAAUAGAAAGGGCAUUAAAGCUGGUCCGCAUUGAUGGUUUGACAGGAAAUAUUCAAUUUGAUCAAUUUGGAAGAAGAGUCAAUUAUACAGUUAAUAUCAUGGAACUCAAAAAUAGUGGUCCUCGGAAGAUUGGAUACUGGAAUGAAGUCGACAAGAUGGUUGUCACAGCAACAGAUUUUCUUGCUGGGAAUGAAACCGCAGGAAUGGAGAAUAAAACCGUUGUAGUAACAAGUAUUAUGGAAUCGCCCUAUGUGAUGCUGAAGAAAAAUUAUGAACAGUUUGAAGGAAAUGACCAGUAUGAAGGUUAUUGUGUAGAUCUAGCUGCAGAAAUAGCCAAACAUUGCGGCUUUAAGUACAAACUCUCCAUAGUCCCUGAUGGGAAAUACGGCGCUAGGGAUGCAGAAACAAAAGUUUGGAAUGGAAUGGUGGGAGAACUGGUAUACGGGAAAGCAGAUAUUGCAGUAGCGCCACUGACAAUCACUUUGGUUAGAGAAGAGGUGAUCGACUUUUCAAAGCCCUUCAUGAGCCUUGGGAUAUCCAUCAUGAUAAAGAAACCACAGAAGUCGAAGCCAGGAGUAUUCUCCUUUCUAGAUCCAUUAGCUUAUGAAAUCUGGAUGUGCAUUGUCUUCGCUUACAUCGGGGUCAGCGUAGUUUUAUUCUUGGUCAGCAGAUUUAGUCCAUAUGAGUGGCACACCGAAGAAUACGAAGAUGGACGGGAAACACAAAGUAACGACCAAACUAAUGAAUUUGGGAUAUUUAAUAGUCUCUGGUUUUCUCUGGGUGCCUUUAUGCAGCAAGGAUGCGAUAUUUCGCCAAGAUCCCUGUCGGGGCGAAUUGUUGGAGGUGUGUGGUGGUUCUUUACCUUGAUCAUAAUAUCAUCAUACACGGCUAACUUAGCUGCUUUCCUGACGGUCGAACGAAUGGUGUCACCCAUUGAAAGUGCAGAGGAUCUUGCUAAGCAAACUGAUAUUGCGUAUGGAACUUUGGAUGCUGGAUCCACAAAAGAAUUUUUUAGGAGAUCCAAAAUUGCACUUUUUGAAAAAAUGUGGGCCUACAUGAAGAGCGCUGAGCCAUCUGUCUUUGUCAAAACAACUGCAGAAGGUGUGGUCAGAGUGCGGAAAUCCAAAGGAAAAUAUGCUUACCUCCUGGAAUCCACCAUGAACGAGUACAUUGAACAAAGGAAGCCCUGCGAUACCAUGAAAGUCGGAGGAAACCUAGACUCGAAAGGAUACGGGAUUGCAACACCCAAAGGAUCCUCAUUAAGAAAUGCGGUUAACCUCGCAGUUCUAAAACUGAAUGAACAAGGCCUCUUGGACAAAUUGAAAAACAAAUGGUGGUACGACAAAGGAGAGUGCGGCAGCGGGGGAGGUGAUUCCAAGGAAAAAACAAGUGCUUUAAGUCUGAGCAAUGUGGCUGGAGUCUUCUACAUUCUCGUUGGAGGACUUGGUUUGGCAAUGCUGGUGGCUUUGAUUGAAUUCUGUUACAAGUCAAGAGCAGAGGCAAAACGAAUGAAGAUGACCUUUGGUGAUGCCAUGAGAAGUAAAGCAAGACUAUCAAUUACCGGAAGCACUGGAGAAAAUGGACGAGUUAUGACUCCAGAAUUUCCCAAAGCAGUGCAUGCAGUACCUUACGUGAGGCCUGGCAUGGGAAUGAAUGUCAGUGUGACUGAUCUUUCUUGACUGAUAAGACUCUUUGAGUGCCUUACAUGAUGGUUGAUGUAAGUUCAUCGUUGAUUGGUGCGAGGCAUCCAGUGUUGUGAAGAUAUUUUUCUCAAAGAAGAAUUCUUGUUAUUUUGUGUGGAUUUCAUCUAAUUAGUAAUUGGAUGCUUUGUUCGCACACACACAAAAAAAACAUAAAAACAAAUUUUAAAAAAAAACCAUCAUUGAAAAUGUUGGAAUUGGAGCUUGACUCACAUGCACAACUGAUGUGGAAGUACUGGAAAUAAAACGUUUGACGAGGCAACGCCCCUGUGUCUGCAGCCACUGUUUAAUCCUGGAUUCGUAUGACUUAAGCACAGUGUCCACUUGACAUCAGCCGCAUUAUGAUGUGAAAUCUUUUAUAUAUAUAUAAAAAAAAACAAAAGUACACUAUUUUUAAGUAUUUUCACUAUCAAGAAAUGGCUUUUAAAUAACUCUGCUUCCAUACUAAUCGAAUAUUAGUAAAACUAAACUGCAGGAAAGUGAAAAGGCUAGAGGCAUCAAUUUCAUGUUUUUUUUUCAAAGCCAAAUAUGUACAUGCGCAGAAGUAAAGGAUUCAACUCUUGUAAUUUAAUACAGUAUUGUAAGACUUUCCUGUAUAUCUUCUUCUUAACGUUGGUGUUAAUAUCAAAUACUUGGCAAUGCUUGACAUUUGAAAUAAAAUUUUCAUAUGGUUUAUAUGCAAAAAGUGUAACUUAUUCUAACAGAAUUGAUCACAAUGACUGCAUGUAUUUGCUGAUAUCAGGAAUGAUACAAAGUAUUAGUGGUAUAAGAAACAUUCCAAAAUGCACCUAGCCCUGAAUAUUUUGAUGGCUACUGUUUUAUGGUAACAUACAAGUCCAUUUUUAUAUGAUAACGUUAUCCUGAUGGUAUGAAAAUUGCAUUGGCGACAAACCCGUCACUGUAAUGAACUCACAAAGGAUGGAAAUCUGCAGCAGAUGACAAAAAAGCUAAAUUGGUUUUGGUUUUCAGUACAUUGUGUACUUUAGCUGCUGGUUUAUCUGUGACGCUGAACUAUUUUAAAUGGAUAAAUUCCUCCUUUGAAAAUAUGGAUAAUGAAAUUUUAAAAGAAUAUGUUAAGUAUUCAUGCACUAUUAUGGUUUAGUAUAAGUUUAAAAAAACUACAGUGUAAUGUAUUUUUGUUUGUCAAGGAGGGGCUUUUGAAAGUCUUGUAAUCUCAUCUGAUUCAAGGGGUAAAAUAAAUAUGUACUUUUUUCUA